GUCUGUAAUUGUGUUAAAGCAAUUCACACCUCACCAAAGUGCCAUCAAGCUUUUGUUGUUGCUUGUGAUUAUGAGAUUAUUGAUAUAAUUAUACCUUCGCUUGAUUGUACAACAUGUUGGAAUUUGAUGUAUAAUAUGUUAAAUUCUGCAAUUAAAGUUAAACAAGUAUUGUUAAAACUUAAAAGCUGGGAUUGUUAUUUUCCAGAUCCAUUAUCAGAAGAUGAAUGGGAACAAGAAGAUACAAAUAUUUUAUAUGCAAUUGCAUGUAUACUUGAUUCAUCUUACAAAUUAGAAUGGUUCAGAUACUAUUAUAAACAAAAAGAAAAAUUGUUACAGGAAGAAACUGAAAAGAUU